AGCUGCCCUCAUCUGCAGAGCCUGCAGUGUACAGGACGGAAGGCACUAGAAUUGAGCGAGUUUACCCAUCCACCGCAGGGCUAUCGACAUGUCGCUCUCGCCAGAAUCUCCCGUAUCAACCAACUGCCGUCCGAACUGCUCAUCAAAAUCUUCGAGAAAUGCAUAGAGCAUAUAGUCGGCAAUCUUACUUACCACGAGGCGGCGUCGAUGCUGGGGCCGGAAUACCCUUCGCUCGUCGUGUCGCACGUAUGCCGCCGCUGGCGGGAGAUCGCGCUCGACUGUCCAGGUCUGUGGCAGUGGUUCUCGAUACGGCCGUGUAAAAACAAGUCGCGUCAGCGACUCGCGUCCUUAUUUGCGGCGCGGGCGAGGGGAACGGGCCUCCACGUCCGAGCUGUAGGGGUCAAGGACGAAGAGAUCCGCGGCGAGCCCUGCGAUUGCGCCCUCGUCUUCAUCAUUCGACAAACUCCUGCGAUCGUGGAGCUCGAGCUCGACGAUCCCAGCGAGGACACCGCGCACUACCUAUGGGAAUUGACGUCACCCUCGCUCAAGCGCUUCGCCCUGACCAUCGGGUGGGUGCCUGCCGACCCGCGGGUCGUAGAACUGCUCUCGGUUACCUUCCUCACACGCGGUAUAGAGGAGUUGCACUGGGAGUCUGCCACUUUUAUGCCCGAGCUCGUCAAUUGGCGGAACCUGCGAUCCCUUACACUCGAGCGCGCCGACAUCGACCGCCCAACGUUCCUGCAUAUCGUGUCGAGCGCCCCGGAUUUGCGGCACCUUCAAAUCCGGGUAAUCAGCGCCUCGCUAGGUGGAAGCUUUGCGCAUACCGCCGCGACGUAUCGGCUGAACGCGUUGGAAGAGCUGGAGAUGCAUGGCUACGGGGAACAGGACGAGCUCUUCCGCGACCUGCACACCCCGCGUCUGCGACGCUUCAGUCUGGAGCGCGAUGAUAACCUCGGGAGCGAGGAUGCGGGUAGUCAAGGCUGGCCGUUCGGGAAUAUCACGGUUCUCCUUGACUUCCUGCGUCGCACACAGGGGAAUAUGGAGCGACUCGCACUGCGCGGUGGCCGAACCCUCGACGAAACUACCGUCCUGCGCAUCAUCGAGAUGCCGCAGAUGUCCGCGCUCAAGAUCCUACGCAUUCAAGGAGUCGAAGGAGAUGUAGGCGACGCCGUCUUCGCCAGACUAGGCCCAGAAGCACGGGACGACGCAGGCCGCGCACUGCUACCACGUCUCGAACGGCUUACACUUUUCACCUGUCGCACUACUGACGGCGUCAUAUCCCGGAUGAUGGAGUUCCGUCGCGAACAGGGAUAUCCCCUCGUCAUGCUCAGAGUGAAGUAUCCUUCGGGCGUCUACGGUCCUUCCCCGGUCGACCGUGCUGCCUUUGAGACGCUCAUUAAGCUGGAUCGAUGGAUUAGGUGGUAGCGGCGUUGGCGAAAUCGGGUGGCGAUUCUUCUCUGUAGGAGUUCUUGACCUCACCUCGCCCCGGUAUAGUGAUGUUUGUGGUCUUUCACGUUGACAUUCCUUUGCCUUCCUCGCCGGUUUAAUCAUUGCCUUUGUCUGUGUUUGUUGAAGGAACGGAAGCGUCUUGAAUUACCCCAAGGGAAAAAUCCUUCGUGUUUUUAUUGUUUGUGAACUCUUUAUCUGUCUUUCACGAAGCCUGUGUUUGUUUGAAUCGCGGUAUAUAUAGAGAG